AUGAGCCACUUGGUGAUUGUCCGUCUCCUUUACAUCACCCAGUAUUUGGCUCGUUGCCUCGACAAUGGUACGGACAACACGUUUCCCAUGGUUACAACGUUGAAUGGCAGUUUUCUGAAGGAGCGCGUAAUUCCUGCCUUCAUCAUCCACUCCGCAAUCCUCUUGUACCAGACUUGGAGGUUCAAUGAUGACAGAGACCUUUUGGGCCCGGCUGAUAGCAACAUUCAGCCUGUCACGGUCAGCACGAAAGCCGAGGCUCUUGGACUUCCCGCUCGGAAGAGUCUAUGUGAGCCGAUUCGAGGAGAGGCCCUCUAUCGAUAUGAGCUAAUUUGA